AUGAUUCAACCUCAGACCCAUUUGAAUGUAGCAGAUAACAGCGGGGCUGGAGAAUUGAUGUGUAUUCGAAUCGUAGGAGCUAGCAAUCGCCGAUAUGCUCAUAUUGGUGACGUUAUUGUUGUUGUGAUCAAAGACGCAGUUCCAAACAUGCCUCUAGAAAGAUCAGAAGUGGUCAGAGCUGUAAUUGUCCGUACUUGUAAAGAAAUUAAACGUGACAAUGGUAUGAUAAUACGAUAUGAUGACAAUGCCGCAAUUGUGAUUGAUCAAGAAAGAAAUCCAAAAGGAACGCAAGUUUUUGGUGCGAUUGCCCGAGAACUGAGACAGUUCAAUUUUACUAAAAUAGUUACAUUAGCCCCUGAGGUCUCAAUAUGUACUCUCUACUCAUCAUUAUACUACCUCCUCACCCAUGAAUCCUCAAGUCAUGCUCAGUUGACUUAUCCAAUCGUAUUUAGAAUGUCUAGGGAAGAAAUCAUGGUUGAAUUCAACAUGGAAAUCCGAAUCAAGGUUGUAAUUAUCGUUAAACCGGAGGUCGACAUCGCGACAAGCGCUGCUAUUAGAACCAACAAAUGUUGUCCUCAUGCGAUCUGUGGUUAUUUCCAUUACUAA